UUCAGUAGCUGGUGAAGUAUUGCAAUAAUUGCUGAUUAAGUUAUUUUAAACAAAUUAUUUUGCAAAAUUGCAAAAAAGCAAAAAUUUUCAUAAUGAAACUGUUAUACACUGUGAUGAUCUUGUCGGUAAUGCAGAUGCCUGUUAUAAAAUCUAAGGAAACAACUUCAUUGCGUGACAUACUGAAAAAAUUUCAAGUCAAUGAAUUGCAAAUAUUAAACCAAGAGCUUUCCGAAAAAGCUAAAAUUUUAAGCGAAAACGUCCUAAAAGAUGAAAUUGUACAAUUGGCAGCAACUACAGAAAUGCAGGAAUUUAAAUGUAACAUGACAGAUUUCUUAGAUUAUUAUCCCUGGUAUAAACGCUAUGGACUUUUCUCCGAAUUGGCUGAAUUAUUUAAAAGUAAUAUACCCGAUGUUAACAACAGCAGUACAGAUUCUUUAUAUAUCAGACAGUUAUUAAACGAACAUGGUUAUGGUGAAAUAAAUGAAAAUUAUGAAAAUAAAUUUAAGGAAUUUAUUGAACAGAAAUUCCUAUCCAAAUUUGAAGAGUCAAAGGCACAACUUUCCCAGGAAGAAUUAAAGCAAGAACAAGUAAUUAUACAAGGAAUUAACGAAUUUAAAAAGUGCCACGAUUAUGAAUGCUUCUACAAAAUGUUAAUUAAAUUAGUGUACACUCCCAAGGAGCAGCUAUUCCAUUUUAAUAGUCUAAAACUUAUUAAACUUAAUAUAUUCUUUGCCAAUAGAGCAAGUGACAUCAUGCUGGCGGUCUUAAAGGAUCAAAGAUUGCAAGAACUUAGUUUGGAAGUUAAACAAAAUUUAACUACAAAUAUUAAAAAAAUAAUUCAAAAAUUUGAAAACAAUCAAGAUAUUGAUGAAGUAAACGAAAUAAUACAAAGGUUUUCCCAAAAAAUUGUAUUGAAAUUUUUAAGCAGUAAAGUUAUAUCUUUAAAGGAUCAACAGCUCUUAACACAAAUCUUUGAUGAUCACGGUUAUACUAAGUUUGAUAAUCUUAAUGGCGAUAAAUUUAAGGAUUUUUUUGAACAGGACCUUGAGAUGAAAUUUAAAGAAAUGAAAGCCGAUUUAAACCAAGAAGAGUUGUUGAAGAUUGAACCCUUAUAUCGAUGGUUUGAGCAGACAAAAAAUUUGACGACCCAUGAUGAGAGGGUGGAAGCAUUUGAUAAGUUAUAUGUUUUAGAAGAAUUUAUUUAAGUUCAAAAUAUAAUUUAUUCAUAAU